CGUGGUGAGGAGUCCGAGCUUCUACGUCGUCGUUCCUUCGCGUUCAAGGAACGAUGAAGAGUAAUAUAAAAGAAUUACGAUAAGAAAAAGCAGCUUCGUGUGGCUGAAAAUAAAAGAAAUAAUCCACUCUCUAACGAUACGAUAGAUAGGAAUUAAAAUUUGAAGAAACUUUUUUCUUUCGGUGGGAAGGAGGGUGGAAGGGAGGGAGGUGGGGAAAGGAGGGGAAGCACUGGGACUGGGACCCGCGCAUGUCCAUCUUCCCAAGUUGGUUAGUGUCGGUAAUGCUUUUAAUGCGUCGACGAAGUAAAAUAAGUUCGGGUCGUUAGACCGAGCGUGCUAAAGGAAAAUCUAAUAUUAAUACGCGUGGGUGAAGCACAUAUGCGAUUGAAAGUUUGCCUUUUCUACUUUGUUACCCGGCAAAUCCUCCCUUGGCUCUUAUCAUCGUUUUUUUACUCAUCCUUUCCCUCUCUCUUUUUGGUGGCGGUAACAACCACCAGCAGCACCGGCAGCAGCAGUAGCAGCACCAGCAGCAGCAGCAGCACCACCACCACCACCACCACCACCACCACCACCACCACCACCACCACCAAUAUCACCACUACUACUAUCACUACCAUCACUACCACCCCCACUACCACCCCCACUACCACCGGCUAAAGUUCUCGUCCCACCCCAGAAAGCUUUUUCCUUUCCCCCCGAAAAUAUGGUCGGAGGCGGUGGCGGUAGCGGUGGCGGUGUUGCUGCUGUUGCUGCUGCUGCUGCUGCUGCUGGUGGCGGCGUAGCGCGGGUGCGCGCGGAGCUGCCUUAACAGCGUUCGCUGCUGGACGACACAGUGGUGACUUUGGAGAGACACGAAGCUGCGGAAGGAAAGGGUCGCAAGCUCGAUCGUUCUCUACUGGAUGGCUCGACGUGUAUUACUACUUGGUCGUUUAGAAUAACAAAGAAAGAGAGAGAGAGAGAGAGAGAGAGAAACAAAAAAAGAGUUAGACGCAUAUUCGUAAAGGGGGAAAAAAAACUCGUCACCAUCAAGCGAACUUGAGUGUAUGAGAGAUAGAGAGAAAGAGAGAGAGAGAGAGAGAGAGGGAGAGAGGGAGAAAAAGAGAGAGAGAAAGAGAGAGAGAGAAAGAGUGUGUGAGAAAGAGUGACUAGAGAGAGAGAGAGAGAGAGAGAGAGAGAGAGAGAGAGAGAGAGAAAGAAAGAGAAAGAGAUAGAGUGCUGGUCGAUAGUGAGAUCCUUGUGCAAUUUCCUCCUCAUCCAAGAAGAUAGAAGAAGAGUUAAGGGCAAAGAAAGGAGUGUCUCGUCCUGGAUUAAAAGCUUUUAGUGUUCCUCGUGAUAUCCAGUGUUCGAAUUUUUUUUAUCAUUCACAAGAGGAAGAAGGGGGCAGAGAGAGAGAGAGAAAGAGAGAGAGAGAGAGAGAGAGAGAGAGAGAGAGAGAGAGAGAGAGAGAGAGAGAGAGAAAGAAAGAGAAAGAGAAAGAAAAGAAAUAGAAUAUAGCAACGUUGUUUUUAACAACGUUGUUUAAGAAGGAAAGACUUAGUGUCUCUUUCUAUCCGUUUCUCGUUCCAUCGCUUGUUUUUCCAACCUCUGUCGCAACGACGGCGGUCGAUCCAGAGCUCGAGGAAGCAAGUGGAAGGGAGGAGGCCGAGGCGCAGGAGGAGCAGCAGCAGCAAGAAGAGGUGGAGGAGGAAGAGGAGGAGAAAGAGGUGGAGGCGGCGGAGGAGGAGGAGGUGGAGGAAGAGGAGGUGGAGGAGAAAGAAGAGGUGAUUUCUACGUUCGAACGAGGAAGAUCGUGCUUCGUGCAUCUCCGCUGCGGAUCUCACGAUGACGGAUGGCUGUACGACGUGCGUUCUUCCCUCCUUUGAAACACGACUGACCAGCGACGGGGACGAACGGAACCACUUCUCUGUACCUUGAUACGAUCUCGUUGUUGUGCAUGAAAUUCCUAUGAUGUCUACGACGAUGGAGAAACGGUCGCAUACUUUCCAGGCGCACGCAAGAAUUAUAUUUACUGGGCGUGCGGGGGUGACUGGAGUGAUGGGAUGGGGCCAGAGCCCCAUGGAGUUCGGGUAGACCCGUCUCCGGCCCAGCUCCCCAGCCCCCUCCGCCAUAAAUAUCGCCACUGCUCCUGCCAACGACGCAGAGGGCCACCACGAUCGCGAUGGAGGCCUCUAGCAAUCAACAACAACAACAAAAAGAGAAGGAGUCACGUGUUCACAGGCCUUAUGCCUUCGAUAAGAUGGAGGGGCUGGUGCGGGAGAUGCAAGACCCUCAAAACGGGGUACCCGUGCGCAGCCAAAAACAAUUUCUCACCUCGAUCCCCUCAGCGUUCAUGGGUGAGUGCCAUCGGUACCUGCGUUGUGGCAUAAACGUAAGCGGCCAUCACGGCCAGGAGAGUACAGUAGACUGCCUGCGUGUUGCAGGUUACGACCUCGUCGAGUGGCUUAUGGAUCGGCUUUCCAUCGAGGAAUCAGUAGAGGCGCUCCAUAUUGCUAAUCAACUAUGCCUGUACGGCUACUUCUUCCCGGUGAACGACUCCAAGAUGCUUACUGUAAAGGAUGAUAGCUCGCUAUAUAGAUUUCAGUCACCGUAUUAUUGGCCGUGGCAACAUAAAACCCCUGACAACGUGGAAUACGCUAUUUAUCUUGCUAAACGAACAUUACGGAACAAACAACGCCAUGCUCUUGAAGAUUACGAGAUCGAAGCUUUAAACAGUCUACGGAAGAACCUGCAAAAUAAAUGGGAUAUCAUACAACUACAGGCUGAAGAACAGGCUCAGGUACGAUUAGCUAAAGACCGGAAGAAGGGGGAUAAGAUAGUAAGCGAUUCACAGGAAAGAGCAUUUUGGAGAGUUUACCGGCCACCGCCGGGUUGUCUUAGUAGUCUUGAAGUAGUUCCAGGACCAACACGUUUUCGUCCAGGAUUUCCACGACCUCCACCACGUAAACGUACCGUCGCUGAGUUACAACGAGAGGUGGACUUUCUUCGAAACAGUUUAACACGCACGAGAAUAAAGGUUUCAGCUGCUAUAGAAAAUUUGAAGUCGUACUUUGAAACUUAUGUGGAAUACGACCCAAUGUUCGUACAUCCGCAACCUUCCAAUCCUUGGAUCACCGAUGACAGUACAUUCUGGCAGUUGAAUAAUCCACUAGUGGAAAUUCCUACGGAAAAACGUGUAAAACGAUGGGCAUUAUCGAUGGAAGAACUCAUGUCUGAUCCAACAGGCUUGCUAGAAUUCACGAAUUACCUGAGAAAAGAAUACAGUCAUGAGAAUAUUCGAUUUUGGGUGGCCGUUAAAGAUUUGAGACACAGUUAUCAAGCUCAAAUAACGGAAAAGGUCAACGAAAUUUUCAAAGAAUUCCUGGCGCCGGGUGCUCCUUGCGAGAUCAACAUCGAUGGAAAGACAAUGGAAAAGGUCCAUCAAGAAAUGAAAAAUCCCAGCAGAUUUACCUUCGAUUCAGCUGCCGAGCACGUAUAUACUCUACUUUUGAAGAAGGAUUGCUACCCCAGAUUUAUUCGCUCGGAUCAAUAUCGAAAUCUUUUAGCAGCCGGCAUACAGCCACUGCAAAAGAAAAGAUUUUUCAGCUUCGGUGGUCAAGCAAAAAAGAAAAUGGCGUCUAGCGUGAGUACAACGACGAGCACGUUGCAACAACAACAACAACAACAGCACAGUGGCAAUAUUGGAACUAGUGGAGGUGGUGGUGGUACUGGUGGUGGUGGUACUAGAAGAAGAGGAAGCGAUCGAAGCAUCUCGGGAUCAGCUCACGAGCUUGCCGUUUGUGGAGUACGUGAAAUAAGUUCUACGCCAAGAGUGCCGCAUUCUCAUAGCCAAUCAAAUCUCACCGAUAUUCCAUACAGGGGUGAUCUGGCGCGACUCCUAAAGAUCCCUACGAGGCCUAGUCCACAUAGUAUUCAGGAUGCUGGCGCCACGGAGGCGACAGUUCGCCCUAUGGACGACGUUUGCCCUUGGGACGCGAUCCCAGGGCCAAGUACAGAUGCCGGCCAGGAUGCAGCACCGUUUGGAACGAGCCCGUGGCCUGACACGUCUACGGAUCCCUGGGAAUACGGGAACGACGUAACCAAAACGUCGAUACAUUUCAUCGACGUGGCUCGUCCAUCUCGAAAGAAUUCCUCUCAGCUCGACUCCUGCAGUUCCUCUUCCGAUGUCAGUCUGGCUAUUGCGGAGGUCUCCGACAGGUUGAGAAAGUCCUGCAGCCUUCAGCACAGUUCUGUCCCGACUGCUAUGAUGGAACGACAUGGUAUUGGUUCUGGAUCGGGUGGGCAUACCAUCACCAGAAAUUAUUCCACUGGCUCGACCAGCAACAGAGUCAAACUCUCGGAUAUAGGUCGCCCAUUGGUCACCUCGUGCAACUUACCAUCGCCUCUAGAAUCAUUCGAAUAUAGUCACGCAGCUGACGAGAAGUUCGAGGCGAUAAUUUGUCAAACAACGAUCGAAGAACCAGAAACAUCAACGACGUUAGAUACAACGCAACAAAUGGAUAAAGUUGUUACAAUAGAAGAAACGAAAAAAACUUUGAGAAGGUCAUCAGCGAAAGCACCAUUGAUAAGUAUCAGUGCGAUCGUCGGCGACUUGCCAAGUGAUUUUGAGGUGGUUGGAACAACAACUGGCGACAACAUUUGUCCGCCAACAAGAGAAACUAAAAUGGAAAUUGAACUUUUCGAAGAUAAAAACGUAGAAGAAACAGAACCAGAAAGGCAACAGGAAAAAGAAAAGGAAGAAAAAUAUGAGAUAAAAGAAGAAGAAGAAGAAAAAGAAGAAGCAAAAGAAAAAGAAGAAGAAGAAAGAGAAGAAGAAGAAGAAAGAGGAGAAGAAGAAGAGCUGUUGGAAAAGGAAGAUGACAAAAUUACGAAGGAAGCUAGUAUCGAAACACAAAAGAAUGAAUCUACUGAAGAGGCUCAGGUUGUUCCUGUUUGGGAGCCGGACACCCAACAGGAAGACCAAAUGGCACCAACGGCCAUUGCAACCACCAGUACCGUGCCCACUCGGGAUAAGCGUGACAAUAAUGUUAACGAAGUGUGCCCGUGGGAGGAUGAGGAGAACUGUAGAGUGGAUACGACCUAUGUAAAAACGUAUGCGACAUUAGGUUAUUUAUAACUUGGUGUUAACGCUCUAUGAUAUUGCAUUUUACACUUAAAACACCCAUUCGUAAAUUUCGAUUACCAUUAUUCUCAAACUAAUCCGAUGAUCUCGAGUGCAUGAGCUAUCGUUGGUUUUACGAUUUAACUGUGUCAUUUUUAAAAUCGUAUUGGUGUUGUUGUUUGAAAGUGAACAGAGAAAAAGUUUAAGAUCAAUUAAUAAGAAUUCGAUGAGUGCACCGUCGAUAAUGAAGAUUCGUGAUCUUCUUAAUAUGUAUACAAGAAUAUAAAAUUAUGCUCGAUCUACGAAUAUAUAAAUACGACUGAUAUGAACGAUCAUUAAGGAAUAUUUCUUUUCCUUUAUGGAUUUAAAGAUAUAAAAUACAAAAUGAUCUAUGGCCUAAAAAAAAUUUUUUUUAUCUAAUACCAACAUUUAUCGACUGAGCCAUUACGGCCAUUUAUUAUCGCCAUUUUUUUUUUCUUUUCUUUUUUAAUAUAAGACGAGAUGUGUUAAUUAAUUUUCGUUUUUUUUCCUUUUUACUUAAUGUUAUUAAAACUACUUAAUAUUAAAGAAAACGCGUUGUUAUACAUAAAGCGUAUUAAAGUACAUAUCUAGAUUAUAAUAAAUAUGUGGUAGUGGUGCGUAGUACAACCAUGUUUCUGUGUCGAAUAAAAAAAAAAAAAAAAGAAAAGAAAAGAAAAAAUAUUAAUCGAAGAUAUUUACUACGAUAUCGUUCGUUAAGCGCUUAAAAUAAAAUAAUAGAUGAUAUUUGAAAGAAAAAAAAAAAUAAAAUUCCAUAUCGAAACUUAUUCGAUAUUUAAUAUACCGAACAAAUUUAAUUUUAAUUUUUGUCCAUCAUAAACAUGAUCUUUGGAUGCCAGUCAAUAAUGAGCCCCUUGACUGCACGCAAAGACCAUGAAUUUUGUUAUUAAUUUAUUAUUAAUUUAUAUAGAUAAAUUAUAUAAUUUCAAAACUUUCCAAAUAGCGAUGCAAAAAAUAAAUCUUAAUUUUUUUUAACAUUAAAUAUUAUUUUGUUCGAUCGAUUCGAUCCAACAUAAUUAUAUAUGAUCAUUUCCUAUCCGAUUUUCUAAUUUGUCGUUGAAAUAAAAAAAUAACGAAAGAAAGAAAAAAAGAUAAAACAAAAAGCUAACGACGUCAACGUAAACGUAUCUCUUAUAAAUCGUGUUAGAAAUAUUAACAAAUGUUGCGCUAUUAAAGUCCUUCGAUAUUAUUAUAUAACUAAUAAACGUUUGUCCGCUGCUUAAGCGUCUAAUUAAAUAUUAUCAAUACGUUAGUUCACUACUUGUUAGUUAUAAAUAUACGAUUAAAAAAAAAAAAGAAACAAAAAAAAAAAGAAAAGAAAAAAAAAGAGAAGAAAAAAUCCCUCCAGCCCACCCACCCCCAAAAAGAAAAAAGAAAAAAGAAAAUAAAAAAACAAACAAAAAGGGAGCGAGAGAGAGAGGGAGAGAGACAGAGAAAAAAAAAGGAAGAAAACUAAUGCAUUGCGAUUCCAAUUAAAACUUGGUUAAAAUUGAUCGUCGAAGGAACGAUUACACUUGUAAUAAUUUAGAGCCUAAUCAAGUUAUCACGUUGAAACGUGCAAUAACUUUUAAUGAUUUAUAAUAUAAUAAUUCUCGAUGAAAUCACAGUUGAUCGUAUGAUUGCUGGAACUGAAACUGCCCCAGAGCCAGGAGUCUGCGAUAUUAGAUUAUAAUGAUUUAAACUUAAUCAUAUGACACGAACAUCCACGCACGCACAAAUACACAUGUGCAUAUAUAUAUAUAUAUAUAUAUAUAUAUGUAUAUAAAUAUGCAUGUGUAUGAACGCAUGCGUGCGUGUAUGUGUGUGUAUAUAUACACUUUAUACAUCUUUCUCUCUAUUUUUCUCGUAUCUGUGAAUCGAAGUGAAAGCCUAGUAAAUGUAACGUCGAUGUUUCGUUUUCUCACGUGUAUAUUUCUUAAAAACGAAAUAAUUAUAUAUAAUGAUAAUAUACAUACAUAUACACAUAUAUAUACAUAUAUAUAUAUAUAUAUAUAUGUAUGUAUGUAUAUGUAUAUGUAUAUAUAAAUAUAUAACGUUGUGUCUGUGUCAGGAUAAAAAUUAACGAAAAGUUCAUUAGAACGAAAUAGGCGAGCUACCAUAAGAACAAUGUAAGAUCGAUGAUUUAUUUACUUAUUUAUUUAUUUAUUCAUUUAUUUAUUCGUUUAUUUAUUUAUUUUUUUUUUCUUUUUUAAAUAUCUUUCUUUAAUAUUUCACGAUAAUAUUUCACGAUAAUUUUUCUAUUCGUAACUCGAUCGUUCUGAGUCGGUCGUUGAUUAUCGAAGUUACAUGUCGGCUAAUGUAAAUGAUGAGAAAUAAUAUAUAUGAUGAUUCGAUGAUAGAUAAACGAUUUUGAUUGUUAUCAGAAAUAAAUCUGAUAUUUUUAUUGGAGACUUUCGAUAGUUCAUGCACUUGAGAUCCAUUAUACAUACAUACAUACAUGCAUAUAUGAGAUAUAAUGAGAUUUGAAAUAAAUAAUUCUGAAGAAUGCACUGUUAAUUCGCAAAGUCAAGGUUAAGUCUUGUAACAAUUCUUACUAUAGAUAACAAUCAAUAAGAUGACAAACCUGACACACGAGGAGAAAAAAAGAAAUAAAAUGAAAGAAAUAAGAAAAAAAAAAGAAAUAAAAAUAAUAAUA